AUUCCAUCGUCAAUCUAUCCUCAAGAUUAGAGAAUCAUAUAUUCAAAAACUGUUAAAUUUUUUAUCAUUCUUUCAUCUUUUAAAAUAUAAGUUACUGCAUAACAGUUUUGGAGCCAUAGAUUGGUCAGAAAUGGAGAUCAAAUCGGUGGCGUGCGAGUGUUGCGGCUUAACGGAAGAUUGUACACAAAACUACAUUAAUAAGGUCAAAGCUAAUUUUUCCGGAAAAUGGCUUUGUGGGCUUUGCUCCGAGGCGGUGAGUGACGAAUUCAGCCGUGAUCGGAAGAUGACGACAGUGGAGGAAGCUGUCAACGCCCACGUUUCGUUUUGUAGUAAGUUUAAAGCCAACCCGGCAGAACUCGUUGCAGACGGCAUGAGGCAGAUGCUACGUAGGAGGUCCGGUGAGUUGUUGCCGGCGAAGUCCAAGAAGUUUGGAAGAUCUAAAACCACGUAGUUGCGUUUACACAUCUUUUUCCCUCGUUAUUUUCUUCGCUUUUAUAGUGUUGGCUAAUGUACAAUAUUAUAAAAUAUAAAAUCAUA